AUGAGACCCUUCCAACACAUCCCCCGUAUCUUCCCCCUCCUCCUCCACCUUCUCCUUCUCCUCCCCACCCCAACCCACAGCGCCCCAACCGACUCCCCCCACGAUGCCGACAUCCCCCAAUCCUCCUACCUCGGCGGCACCCACGCCAUCUCGCCCUCCCACCUCCCCUCCUUCACGCACCUCUGGAACGCCAGCUUCGCAGCCAACGAAAAGCACUGGGCCCGACCCCUGCUCUACACGCUGCCCGACACCGGCCGCCAGAUCGUCUUCACGGCCUCGACCGAGAACCGGAUUCGCACGUUUGACGCGGUGACGGGGGAGCUGUUGAAGGAGCGGCAGGUGGCGCCUGCGUGGCCGACGGAGAUGGCGUUUUGUGAGCAGGUGGGGAGGACGGUGGGGAUUGUGGGGACGCCGGUGGUGUAUGUGGAGGAAGGGGUUGUGUUUUUUUAUGUUAAGAGUUAUAUUGAGGUCCCAGGCGGUGCCGCCCCUCCUCUCAAUGCCGUCACGUAUCUCUACGGUGUCUAUCUCGACACCCUGCUCGAUCUGUACAAGUUCCCGCUCUUCAUCGACGAUGUCCCUGCCGACAACGAUUCGCGCAAGAUGUUUCUGGGCGGGUUGGUGUUGCAGCGGCCUGCGCUGCUGCUGUUAGGGGAGGUGUUGUAUGCCGGGUUUGGGGGCAUGUGUGAUGCGUUUAAUUACACAGGCUCCCUCGUAGCCGUCAACCUUGCAACCCGCAAAACCUACCGCUGGACCACUCAAGCCGGCCCCACGUCCUCCUACACCCCGGACUGGACAUCCUGGCACGGCGGCGGCGCAGGCGGAAUCUGGCAAGCCGGCAUGGGUCUCUCCUCCAACGGACAAGACGUCUUCUUCACCAUCGACAACGGCUCCGGCUCCCAGAGCCCCAAUACCAGUACCACCCCCAAACCAGGAACCCAGUACGAAGGCGUCUUAUCCGAGACGGUAGUGCGGAUCCGACUCGACGAAGGCAGCGGGACAGGAGAAGCGGCAAAAGGGAUCCAGCUCGUCGACUUCUUCCGCCCGUUCGACUACCAAACUGACGCUGGGCAGGACAUUGGAAGCGGGAGUUUUGCCCUGCUCGAUCCGUCUACGUUUUCUACGCCUCAGGUGGCGCAGAUUGGUAUCGCGACAAGUACGAAUACGAAGCUGUACGUUCUCGAUGCGGGAAACCUGGGUGGGUACCGUAUGGGGCCCAAUGGUACGGAUGCGGCGCUCCAGGUUAUACAGUUGCCGGGUGAGGUGUUUGGUGGGGUGGGGAGUUAUCCGCUCGAGGGUGGAUGGGUUUAUGUGAAUAUGGGGAAUGGGCCGUUGAGUGCGUAUCGGUUUAAUGCUGGGGCGGGGGAGGGGGGAAAUGCUUCAACGUCGUCGUCGGGCAGUGAGUUGUUCACGCUAGCGGGGGUGGCCCCAUUUAACAAUCCGCAUUAUAACUUUGUGGGCGUGCCGACGGUGACGAGCGAUGAAGGGAAGGAAGGGACUGGGAUUGUGUGGGUUACGGAUGUGGACAAGGGGUUGUUGGCCUACAAGGCGGUUCCCGAGAAUGGGUCGUUGAUACCGUUGCCGUUGCCGAAGGUUGAGGGUGCAGUCAAGUAUUCGAGGCCGGUGUUUGGCGAUGGGAGGGUGUAUAUGUUUGAUGGGGUUGGGAGGUUGGUGGCUAUGGGAGUGAAGUAG